AUGCUCACCGGCAGCGUCGUGGUGUUCGACCACCAUGGAUCAUUCCGCGACUACGCCGCUCGCUUGGACGUCACCAUCAAGGACCCGCGCGGCAUCGAGGUGUACACGGCGCGCGGGCGCAGUGAGGCGCAGUUCGACCUGCGCGUGGAGCGCGGGGGGCAGUUCGAGCUGUGCCUGAAGAACCACGGGCACGCGCCCGAGUUCGUCGACGUGGUCGCGGAGUUCGAGGACGCCGCCACGUGGAAGCCGCGCAGCGCCGCCGCCGUCACGGGCACGCCGCCCGGCACGAGUGGCGCCCCGAACAAGGACGAGCUCGCGACGGAUGGGCACAUGGAGGCGCUGUUUGAUCAGAUGUACGAGAUCAAGCACGGGCUGCACCGCAUGAUCGUCGACCAGCGCUUCUUCCGCUCCCAGCUGCACCGCCAGCGAGACA